AUGGCGUUCGAUAUGGAACACGAGAAAGAUCCCGGAUGGCAGUAUCUUCGCCGAUCCAGGGAACAAAUGGCCGCUGAUCAAUCUAAGCCGUACGAUUCAAAGAAAAACUGUUGGGUUCCAGAUGCAGAAGAAGGUUAUGUGGCUGCUGAAAUUACGAGCACAAAAGGAGAUAAUGUUACAGUGGUUACUGCGAAGGGAAAUGAGCAAACCUUGAAAAAGGACAUAACGCAAGAGAUGAACCCACCGAAAUUCGAGAAGACUGAAGACAUGUCAAAUCUGACAUUCCUGAACGACGCUUCUGUGCUUCACAAUCUUCGAGCCCGAUAUUCAGCUAUGCUUAUUUACUGUCAAAAGCGGUUACCACUUAAUACAUCAAUAAUAAAAGCAAUAUUUCAGACAUAUUCGGGCUUGUUCUGUGUCGUUAUUAACCCCUACAAACGCUUACCAAUCUACACGGAUUCAGUCGCACAA